CGUGGCCGUCCCCGGAGUGGCAGUCUUUGUGAUUAGAAGCACUUUGGAAUCAGAAGCUCAGAAAUCUGCAUCCAGAGCUUGAAUGUGUGCUGGCUUAUGUCUGUGUUAGGAAGCAGAUUGGUCUAGCAGAAGCCACUGGUUCUGUAGAGGCGCUGAAGCAAGAGAAGGACACGGAGAAAACAAACUGCUUUCCUCAAUACGGGUGUUGAGUUUACACAGUGAAAGAGCCACCUGUCAAUCCUUGACUCAUUCAGCAAAGAAGUCACGUCAAAUACUAACCUGAAAAAUUCCUGCAUCCAAGGUUCCUGCUGGCAGGACACAGGGUGCGUUGACAACCAUGGAGAGCUUCAUGGCGCCGCUGAGCACCAUCGGUGAGCUUGGGCUUCAGCAUGGCAAGGCCAAGUUCCUGCACAGCAAGCUGAGCGGGCCCUCCCGGCGCAAGCGGGAGUUCAUGCCAGACGAGAAGAAGGACAACAUGUACUGGGAGAAGAGGCGCAAGAACAACGAGGCAGCCAAGCGCUCGCGGGAGAAGAGGCGCCUCAAUGACUUCGCCAUGGAGAGCCAGCUGGCUGCUCUCAGCGAGGAGAACGCCGUCCUCAGGACAGAGUUGCUGUCGCUGAAGUUGCGUUUUGGGCUCAUCAGCACAGACACUAGCACCCACCAGGGCUGCUCUGUCCAGGACUUGCUGGGAAUUUAUUUCAGAGGACAUAAAUCUGUCCCCCCAUUUCCUGAGGCAGAGUCAUUUCCUAGGGAUUCCUGCUUCUUCAUGGCAAACAACUUAGUGCCAAAGGUGCUGGAGCCAGCUGACUUCUCAUACAAAAGCUUUGAUCCAUCCAGAAAUAUUCUCAGUUGUGCCUCACAGCAAGCUGUCAUGGGCACCCAGUGUGACCUUAGCCGUCACCAGUCCAAGAGGCUUGAUUCAGCCUUCAGAUCCACAGUGUGCUCUCCUUUCCUUGGCUACCACUGCCCAGACAAAUAUGCCCACCAGCUCCCCCUGUCAGACAGCACCUGCUUCUUGUCCCCUUCCUCCAACCUAACUGAGGUGAGCAAAGAAAGUACCAGAACAGUUUCAGAUGAAGACGAUGAGCAGCAGGUGCCCAAAAUUUCUCCCCUAUCCCUGUACAGCUUGCCCUGCCCUUCAGAAGAUUGUCCAAAGGGCCGAAGUUAUUCUGCUCUGCCUCACAAACUCCGGAUUAAGACCAAAGCCCUCGUCAGCUGGGAGGAGGGCGGCUUGGACUCCCAGUGAUGUGGAGAAAAACGGCCUGCUCUUGGAGGCCAACACAGGACUUUGCUAAGACGUGAGGGGUUUAGGAGAGGGAAGGAGAAGGAAAUGUCUUAUGCUUG